AUAGAUAGAUAGAUAGAUAGAUAGAUAGAUAGAUAGAUAGAUCCCGAAGAAGACUAUAGUUAAGGAGUAGACUGGAAGGAGCUGAGAUGAUGCCAGACAAACCUGAACUGAUCCUCUUCUGCCACAAAUAGCCUUCAACGGUUCAUCAUGGGGUUGAGCCAAACCUCCAGCAUCACCCCAGACAUCAGCUUGCUGGCGGAAGCUGUGGCGAGCAACCAUCUCAACACAUCAGGCGCCUCGCACACCUCUUCACUACCUCUGCCGUCAUGCAGCAUCGAUGAAUCCUACAAAUAUGUCUUCCUACCCGUCUGCUACUCGCUGACCUUCCUUUUCAGCCUUACCCUGAACUCGGUGGUGCUCCUGCGCUCCUGCUGGCAUCAUGGACGACGUUGGAACACUUCACUGAUAUACAUGGUGAACUUGGCCACCACUGACUUGAUGUACGGCCUGUCUCUGCCCUUUCUGGUGGCGAGCUAUGUGCUGAGGGACUGCUGGGUGUUUGGGGACUUCAUGUGCCGCCUCGUACGCUUCCUGUUCUACUUCAAUCUCUACUGCUCUAUCUUCUUCCUCACCUGCAUCUCUGUGCACAGGUAUCUGGGGAUCUGUCAUCCGAUGAGGACCAUCACACUGGAAAGUAAGCGGGUGGUGAAGGGGAUCUGUGCAUUAGUUUGGGUGGUGGUCUUCAUUCUCACCUGCCCCAUCUUCAGGUUCGCCCAGACCGGAUACGUUAGGCGUAGAGCUGGUGAGGCUGUAGAGCCUGGAGAAGGGAGCGAUGAUGGUAACAGGACUGGAGACCAGGUUGGCGAUGGGUACAUAAACUGCUGGGAUGAUGCCAUAGAUAAGGAGUUUGCAGACUACGUCCCAUAUGGCAUUGUUCUCCACCUUUUAGGCUUCUUUGUGCCCUUCGUCAUCAUCGCCUGGUGCUACUCCCAUGUGGUCCGGACAAUAUUUCAGACCCUGCGCUCUCCUCCCAGUUCAAUAGAGGGUGGCGAGGAUGGACCGGUGGGUGAUGGGUCUGUGGAAGGAGUUCGAGGGCGCGAGAGAACCUCCGUCUCUAUUUCUGGCUCACAGUACUCACACUACAUCCGCCGCCGGCGGAAAUCCAUUAAAACCAUCGUCACCAUCACACUGCUGUUUGCGCUCUGCUUCCUACCCUUUCAUGUGACUCGUACGCUCUUCUUGCUCCUACGGCGGGGACAGCUUGGCGGCUGCAAUGCCAUGAAGACCGUCUCCAUCUGCUACAAGGUCACCAGACCUCUGGCCUCCUGCAACGCAUGGCUCAAUGCUCUGCUCUACUUCCUCACGGGCGAUAAAAGUGGCCCCAGCUGCUGGCCAGCAGAACGCACCAUCCAUCGAGACCGCCGUAAUGGCUCCCUCUGGUGGCCGCUGAAGAUCCUCAAAAGAGAUGGAGUGGGAGAAGACGAUAACGAGGUGGCCGAGAGGGUUGAAAGGGAAGUGCACAUAGAGAACGAGUCCAAGUCCUCCAGAGUCAUCUUCUAGGAUGCUAUAGAUCCUCAGUGGGUCAAAGGCCACAUGAAUGACAAGGGCUGGAAAUGUGGGAUUGCUGUUUUUUAUUUGAGGAUGUCUACAGACUCCUCAUUGCACCACACAUUUACUGACUGCUUCUGCAGUGCAACUGUAAGUCUCAUUAAUGGCAUUGGUAAUUUCUUGAGAAACAUUUCCAACUUGUUCAAGCAUAGAACUUUUAAAAAAAACAAUAACUGCUAAAAAGAAACAGGAACUUCUUUCUUGGGCAGAGUUUGAUUGGAUUUGCAGAAUAUAUGCAGCAGUCAGUCUGAAUACUGGAAUUGUUUUUAAAAUGAAAAAGGACCAACAAACUGAUGGAGGAGAUGGUGUUUAUUUCAAAUAAUCUGUAACUGAAUUAUAAACAAAGCUGUCAAAUUGUUAAGUCACAAUAUUCUAACAGAAAUUCUGAUAUAUUUUUUCUUAAUUUUGUGAUUUGAGCUCCUGAAUUGUUGAUUUCAUGACCAGUUGCAGACAAUGGCUACAGCAAAGUGAGCUUGGUUCCGCUGGAGGUCUUUUCCUCCCCACUAUUGCCAAGUGCUGCUUCUAUGGGAUCAUCUGAUUGUUGAGGUUCUCUCUUUAAAAUAGUAGGCUAUGUACCUUAAGUGCAUUAAGAUGAGCGCUAUAUACUUAAAGUAAAAGCUUUUCCGUGUUGAUUUGCCCGUUGAUGCUCUCGGGCUGGAUGAUUUUAAAAUGAUUAGCUACCUGCACAAAUCUGUUUUUAUUUAUUCUAUUUAUUUCUUUGACUUUCUUUGACUUUGGGAACCGGUCUCGAGCCCUGUAGUGGCUUUCACAAAGCACAAACAUUUCACUUUACAUAGGAAGGAGGGACGAUUUUUUACUUUUAACCGAAUAAAUCAAGAAUUCCAUCAACUCACAGCUGUAUUGUCAAAGCUUGAAGGGAGGGCGGCUCGCGCCUUUCUCCUUCCGCCUUCCUCCCACAGUCCAAACAUAUGCAUGUUCAGAAUGCCUGGCUGUCUCAUUGUGCUACACCUGUCCAGGUGUACCUCACCCUUGACAGCUGGAACAGGGUUGUGCACCACAGCGAUGCUGCUGGAUGGAUGGGUUCACAAUGUUGAAAAUAAAUAUGAAUCCUUUUUUAUGUACUUCUUUAUGAAAUAAAUGUUUUCUUCUAUUCUUUCAAACUACAGCAGGAUGAUCACAGCUGACAGGAGAUGCUGUCUCUACCUUUACCUUCUGUACAGUGAAAUUUUUUCAUUGUUGUGCUUUGGGAAAUCUGAACAUUUGUAGAAGCAAAUCUCUCAGAAAAAAGGACGAGAAGAAAAAUGUUUGUGCAUGAAUCCACUGAAGGUCAAAUCUGAUUAAAGCUGCAUGUUAAAUUUCUGUGAAGUAUGUUGAAUUUUAAACAAUAAGGGUACAGAUCAUAAGGACACGGGAGUCCUGACCAAUCAGUUGUUUCUUCUAUGAUGUUGUUGAUGUUUAUUAAAAAAAGAGUAGAAACUGCUCUGUGUCCCCUUUAGUCAAACCCACUGAAGUACUUCCUGUUUAUAAAUACACUGCGUUUUCAGCGCUGACGAGUUAUUAAAAUUUUAAAGUGACCGUUAUGAUUUUCCGCUGUGAGGUCAUUCAGCUGUUACUCGUGGACCUUUGUACCUGCUGACUGCAGCCGUGUCGGCCCUGCUGUUUGGAUGGAACUCCUUCAGGGGCACGCGCUGCAGCUUCCUGUCAUGUUGUUGCAGAGCCUGGGUCACUCUGUGAUAUCACACCUCAUUUCUUUGAUGUUUUUGUGGGACUUUGUCUGGAUUAAAGUGUAUUAUUGAACUCA